GGCUGUACUGUCCCUAGGAACUGAUCAGUCUCACUCACCGAUGCUGAAAGAAUUGAGAAGUUGUAUAUUAUUCUUAAAUAAUUUCAUUUGUCUGGCAGGACAUAUUUGAAGAUUCAGUUUAUUGUUAAGGAUGAGAUCCAGGCUUUUGCCAUUUGUUGACCAUCUGCCUGCAAUCUGUGAAGAUCUUGAAUCAAAUGGUAAGGAUGAACAUCAGGCUGAACCCAUUAAGGAGAACCACGCUAACCCAGUUGGCUCAACACAGUCUCUUGAAGAAUAUGUAAAAUCUAUGCGCCACCUAGUGCAUCCAACUUUCAGGCCUGAUACAGGCCUACCAAGCAACUUCUUGGGUACCAACAGAAUAAAGAGAGCUCAAAAAACAGGCCCGAGCAGUAAACAGCCAAAAAGGGUGCCAUUAACAACAAUACCAGAAAGGACAGUGAAAAGGCACAACUCCUUAGAGGAUAUUACAAUCCAGUUUGACAAUCAGGCUAACCAGUCAGCAGUGACACACUGCAUGGACCCUUUUGACCUGCUUUUUGGACAUGUUCAGGCAGAAACGCCUGAGCAGCCAACAGCCCCAUCAAGACGGGAAUCUUCACUGGAAUUCAGAAAACGGACAGUGUUAAUACAAGGUGCAAAGCACAAUCAAGUAACAAAAGGCAAAGCUAAUUCUGUUUGUAAAUCCUUGGGACUCAAGGCAGCAAGUUCCUUUCCUUACAGGGACACAGACUUGACUGAAGCUAUUGAAAAGAGAAGUAAACUUCAACGAUUCCAAAAAUGUCAUGGAACUACCAGCAGGGGGCGUGCUGCCAGACUAUUGAAAUGCACAUUGCCAAUUAUUUAUGAACAAUGAUGCAGCUAAAAAAUGAGGCACAUGCACUUUUUAACUGAUUGUAAUUUAUUUUUGUAGGUUUAAACAACGUAUUGAAUUAUUGUGAAUUUAAUUAUCUUUAUAUUUAUGCUAGACUGCAAUCUUUUUAUUUGGGACUUGGAAAAAAGCCAUAAAUAAAUUUGAUUGUUACCAAGUACUUGUCUGUUCUUCUCUGCAUUUGGUUUUAAUUCACGUACACAUGACAGGUCCUUAAGUAUGUUUGUAUUCUCUCCUCCAUAUUUGCCACCCAAAUCCUUCCCUUU